AUGACGGAGGAGCACGUCGUGGAGCGGAUCCGCCAGCGCGUGCUGCUGGAGGCUUUCAACCUGGAGCCCGUGGCCACGCCCGCGCCCUCGCGCGCGGCCUGGCCGGUCUGGACGGAGCAGGACAAGCAGAGCGUGCGGCUGCGCGUGCUGAGCCUCAACGCGUGGGGCCUCCCGGUCGCGCCCAAGUGCACGGAGCGCGCGGCGGAGAUCGCCAGCGCAAUCUCGAGCGACUACGAGCUCGUGGUGCUGCAGGAGAUCUGGCACCUGCGCGAGCGCAACCUCGUCAUCGCCAAGGCGCAGCAGAGCGGCUUCCACUACUACCACUACUUCAACCCGGCCGUGGGCUUCCCGUUCCCCAUGGGGGCCGACUCGUUCGGCACGGGGCUGCUGGUGCUGUCCAAGUUCCCCAUCUCCAGCGCGCUCUACCACUCGUUCAGCCUCAGUGGGCGGCCCUACGCGCUGCACGAGUCCGACUUCGUCGCCAACAAGGGUGUCGGCCUGCUGCGCGUCGAGACGCCCGCCGGCCAGAUCGACGUGUACGUGACCCACCUGCUGGCCAACUACAACGCCGGCGGUAAGCCCGGACCUGGAGACUUCUACCUCUGGCACCGCACGGGCCAGAGCUACGAGCUCACGCAGUUCAUCGCGGCCACCAACCGGAACAAGCUCACGAUCGUGUGCGGAGACUUCAACUCGUCCCCGGACUGUCUGGAGCUCAAGGUGCCGCGCCAGCUGCUGAACCUGCGAGAUGCCUUCACGGACACGAACGCCGAGGACGGCCUGACGUUCGCGUCGCCCGACAACAAGUACUCGCACGGGGAGCACCCGAUGCGCAUGGACUACGUCAUGUACAAGAUCGACAAGCAGCCCAAGGGCGCGUCGGACUGGCACCUGGUGAAGAGCAGCAUCUUCAAGGGCUUCUUCACCGAUGCACACGGAGAGAAGACGCCGCUGUCAGACCACUUCGGCGUGCGGGCCGAGUUCAUCUUCAGCGAGCCCAGGCCGCACGUCUGCGAGCAGCAGGAGCGCGGCUACGACGUCGUGUCCACGGACGAAGUGGUGUCACCCAACGCGACGAGGGCCGCGGAGCGCUCGUGCCCCACGACGACGUGCGCGCACUGCGACGAGAAGGAGGCGCCGCAGAGCGAGGAGGACAAGGCCGCCGCGGACGCCGCGUGCCUGCAGGAGGUGCAGAACAUGCUGUUCGUCGGCCGCAACGAGGCCAUCGGCGCCCGACACACGCGGCUGUGGCGCGCCGUGGCCUUCUUCGUGGCCGCGCUGGCCGUGUUCGUGACGCACAUGAUGUCCAUCGUCGUGUCCAACUGGUCGUGGGUCGCCGUGCUGCUCUUCGGCAUGAUCAGCGUGACCGAGUACGUGCUGACCUUCUUCUUCCUCACGUUCGAGUGCUCAACGUUCACGGAGCUCAUCAACCAGGUGCAGCUGCACCUGAACGACCACGCGCAGCGGACCAGAGCGAUGGCCCAGGCGAAAGGGCCCCAGUAAAGUGAAUCAUCAACCAACCAACCAACCAGACGCGGCGUGCCUCUUGACGCUCUCGACGCCGCGUGUUUGUGUAGUAUCGAGCAGCGCAGCAUAGACGCAGGUCGGGGUCGUGGACGAACAACGAAAUGAACAAGUGUACAUAUCAAAAGUAUCUUUGAGGCGGG